AUGGCGUAUGCGUCAUGCAUUCUGUACUAUUUCUCGGUCCUCCUCUUCUUCGUCUGUGGCUCUCUUUUCGCACGCCAUGUCGCUGCGCGGCUGCGCGUGCUUGUUGUUUGGGGCCAUGAGACGACGCACUUUGCUGGGUACUCCGAUGAUGGGAAGGCGCUGUUGGACUCCAGUAGGGAUGAGGAUGGGAUUGGAGAUGGAGACUGGGAGCGAGAUCGGAAUGCAUUGAAAUUAUGGACCGGUAACCGCAUUGCGACGACAAUUCCCUGGCUACGGACUAGAUCGCGAUGCGGGUUACGAUCACUUCUGUGCUCGGAGAAAGCCGCUACGGUACUCUGCGUCGCGGUGUUGGGAUAUUGCUACCUCGUGCUACUAGCCUGGCCGGGCAUCCCGUCUCUUUUUGGGAACGGGAACGGGAUCUUUCGUGUACGGCCACAUGCCUCAUCAACCAACCUGACAGAAGUCUUUCAAGUGUACCGCCCGCCCGCUGACCCGCCUUCGUUGGCAAGAGACUGCGAAGUCCUUCUCAUGAAUCACACUUUCGCUUUCAGCUACGGUAAGCCUUUCGUUGGCUCUUACCGACCCCCUGAUUCCACCAAAUGUUCGUUCAACACCGUCCAAGUGAACUUGACGAUAACAUCUCGAGGCCGCCAGUUCGACCGUCUAGCCCUCAUGUUCCUGGGCGACGUCGAAGUCUUUCGCACCUCGACCGCUGAGCCGACCACUAAUGGGAUUGAAUGGACGUACAGGAAGGAGAUGACGGCUUACCUAUCGCUGUGGCGGGAACCGCAGAAAAUAAUCUUUGAUCUGGGAAAUCUGGUGAAUGAUGUCUAUACCGGGACUUUCAACGCCACUUUGACGGCGAAGUUUUGGGAGGUGGAGGAGCCGGUCCAGGCGGCGGAUCUGAUUCUGCCGAUUUCGGCUCAGCAGUCGGAGUUGGGCAGGCCGAGCGCUUUUAGUCUCCCUGCUGAUGAGGCGAUGGCGAGGCAGAGCUUGCCAGUGGGAGGGGUGAGGAGGGCGAUUGUUUCGGUAUCUGCCUGUGGGCAAGCGACGGAGGAGUUUUGGUUCUCGAACGUUUUAUCUGAAGAUACAGAGACGUUCCUGAAUAGCACAGGCGAACUUUAUGGGUUUUCGCCGUUUCGGGAGGUCCAGCUGUUGAUCGAUGGGUAUUUGGCUGGUGUGGUUUGGCCAUUUCCGAUCAUUUUUACUGGAGGGCUUGCACCCGGGUUUUGGAGACCAGUUGUUGGGAUUGAUGCUUUUGAUCUCAGGGAACCGGAGAUUGAUAUUACACCAUGGCUGCCAUGGUUAAGUGAUGGAGAGGAGCAUCGAUUUGAUAUUAGGGUGGUAGGAUUGGAGAGCGAUGGUGAGAAAGUGAGCUUGUCGCGUGAGGUUGGUGAUUAUUGGGUCGUGACUGGAAAGAUACUGAUCUUUUUGGGCGAUGAGCAAAGUAACACGACACAGGCGGCUGGCCACGAUCUACCAUCGAUAUUCACGCCAGAACCGGCGAUCAGUGUGAAGUCGGACAUAGAGCAGUCAGCCAAUGGCACUAACGAGACACUUUCAUACGCGGUAACGACCUCCCGAAGUGUAGUAGUAACUUCCGAGGCUGGGUCCUGGGUGCAAACUCUCGAGUUCCAGAACGGCAACAUCUUAACAUCUCAAGGUCUUACGCAAUCCACCACGCAAUCCACCAAAGGCCAUUUUGCCGCCAUCAAUUUCGGAGACCCUCGUCUGAGCUUCAGUGUCUCAACUUCCUACCCUUUGUCUGUCAAUACCACCAUACGCGUACUUGAGAACGAUUCCGGAAUAUCUAUCGAUGCAUCGAUAUCUCGUGGACUGACGAUCGAAUCAACAGGCAGGCUCGAUAACUCGCUAUUCACACUCACGUCCGGCGAGAGCAAGCUAGACACCUCGCAAUUUGGAACAGCAUAUUAUUCCAGUCACCCAAACAAGAGCUACUCAUUUGGAGACACGACACAGGAUUUGUUUGAAAGCUCGCGGAAGGGAUUUUCCGUUGUCCACGUAGAGGCUGUGAAUGGAUCUAUAGCUCCCGUAAAUGGCCAUGGUGGGCCAUUUUCGGUCGCACCAGGUGAUUUCGGGGUAGUGCCAAUCUUGUCAGAGGCCGGUCCACCAUAUCGGUCCCUCAGAGCCAUGGUAGGCAGGGGUCCAGGGAGACCUGUAAGGUAUCUACCAUAA